AUGGGCGACGACUGGAAGAGAAACCGGACCACCAAGUCAGAUCUGGACAGCAAGGAGAUGAAGACGAGGAGACGCCGGCGACGGGCUAGAGAAGACCUGAUCGGAGCUGGCCGGAGGAGCCAAAGGAGGUUGACUAGAAAUAAGAAUUUUGAUCUGCGAGAGCAGUGGGGAUUGGGGUUCUGCGAGGGGACAUGGGAUAGGAAAUCGUUCUUGGCCAUAAUAAAAACCCCAUAA